GGAAACGAGUAGGGAUUCGCAUUGAACACUUCCCGAGAACGGAGUUUCCAGGGGUCUGGAUGUGGCCCUAGAAAGAGGCAGAAGACUUCUGACAGGUUAAUUAGACUUUGUUUCCUAGCAUAUUUCACUGAACAUCUUAAGUUGCGGAAUGAAAAUAAGAAUCACCGCAAGAAGAUGGUAUUUUUCCCUCCUUUCUAGCUGUACUGUGAGAGGCGUGGUCCUUUCUAGAAAAGCAGCAGCUCUGAUCAGAUUCCUCUUGAUUCUGAAGUGAAUAAAAUUUCUUCUGAAAGAUUUGUUUACAAAAAUGUUCAUUUGUUUGACUUCUUUUGACACGUGUCUGUUUCAGGCUACGUGUGUCUUACCAAACCCAAAAACCAAACCCAUUGCUGUCAAGUUGAUUCCGACUCAUAGCAACCCUCUAGGACAGAGUAGAACUGCCCCAUAGAGUUUCCCAGGAGUGGCUGGUGGAUUUGAACUGCUGACCUUUUGGUUAGCAGCUGUAGGACUUAACCAUUAUGCCACCAGGGUUUCCGGUGGCCCUUAAUUCCUUUUGGGCUUCCGAAUCUUUGCUGGGAUGUAGAAACAAGAAAUACCGAGAAACACCCUUUUGAACCAUAACGAAGAGAAAGUGUUGAUGGUCCGUUUGCUCUCUCCCAGUAAUAGAGAAGGCAGUAUACAUUUGUUUUGAUUUAGACUGUAACAUAUAUAUUUUUUCAGAUGUUUCUUCCUAGAUAAAUGAAGGUAAAAUUAGUGUGAACUUGCUGAACACUCACCACUCUGGUACGCGCAUAUACUCGAAGCUUUCAGGCUAAGGAAAGCUACUGAAGACCCAGCUCUGCUGUCAUCCUCACUUCCAGACAAUCAAGAGUUUAUACAACUUCUUAGUGACCUGUUUGUCGUUGUUUUUAUCUCAGUUAUAUUCUCUUAAGAGCUUGGGAUAGCCCCGUAAAGUAAUUGGGUACUCUGUGGGGGAAAUCUGGGUUUUAGUCAGUUGGCAUGUUGAGAAUUGACCUGCUUUGUGGAAAAUUUUCAACACAAGGUGAAAUCUAAGCCUUGGUUUCCCUAUUAAUCAACCGAUAACACCAGGUGCUCAGCACAAGAUGGCGCCAGUGAGCUAUAGAAGAAGUUAGAACAAAUCUUGACCACUACGGCCUUUUUUCCCCCUACUUCCCUUAAACCUCUUCCAGCUUCCACUGAACAAGGCAGAAAACAAUCCAUUCUAUCAUUGCUGGAAAAGGAAGAUUUAAUGAAGGAUGUCAGUUUAAGAAAUCAGCACUGGAAGAACUCCUAAAGCAGGAAUGGAAUUUGCUGAAUUUUCUCUGGGGCCCAUUUCCCUCUGUCUCCUACAGCUAGCUCCUUUCCCUGGGUGACUGCCCAGAGGCCUCUGCCCUAGGAUUUCCCAUCUCCCCUCUGUUGGGGAGCCUACAGCCUAGGCGGGAGGUGGUUAAGGCUUCUGGCUCCUCUGCAGUGGGGCCAUCUGUAUUUGAUCAAUCCAGGCUGAAAGGAGGGGGUGGGGGCUGUAAAGAGACUGAAAGCAUUCCAGAGUAGUGAGAGAGACCCAGAGAUCCAGAAAGAGAGAAGGCACCGCCCCCCAUCCCGCCUCCAAAGCUAACCCAGGGCUUGAGCGGAAGAGACAGACUACACUCCUCUGGCCCCACUCUCCCGGCUGCCAUGGGGCCCAGCACUCCUUUCCUCAUCUUGCUCCUUUUGUCGUGGUCGGGACCUCUUCAAGGACAGCAGCACCACCUUGUGGAGUACAUGGAACGCCGACUAGCUGCCUUAGAGGAGCGGCUGGCUCAGUGCCAUGACCAGAGUAGUCGCCAUGCAGCUGAGCUGCGGGACUUCAAGAACAAGAUGCUGCCACUGCUGGAGGUAGCUGAGAAGGAGCGGGAGGCACUCAGAAAUGAGGCUGACUCCAUCUCAGGGAGAGUGGACCGUCUGGAGCGGGAGGUUGACUAUCUGGAGACCCAGAACCCAGCUCUACCCUGUGUAGAAAAUGAUGAGAAGGUGAUUGGAGGCCCUGGGACCAAAGGCAAGGGCAGAAGGAAUGAAAAGUAUGAUAUGUUGACAGACUGUAGCUACACAAUCUCUCAGGUGAGAUCAAUGAAGAUCCUGAAGCGUUUCGGUGGCCCAGCUGGUCUAUGGACCAAGGAUCCAUUGGGGCCAACAGAGAAGAUCUACGUGUUAGAUGGGACACAGAACGACACAGCCUUUGUCUUCCCAAGGCUGCGUGACUUCUCCCUUUCCACGGCUACCCGGAAAGCUUCCCGAGUCCGGGUGCCGUUCCCCUGGAUAGGCACAGGGCAGCUGGUAUAUGGUGGCUUUCUCUAUUACGCCCGGAGGCCUCCUGGAGGACCUGGAGGGGGUGGUGAAUUGGACACUUUGCAGCUCAUCAAAUUCCACCUGGCAAACCGAACAGUGGUGGACAGUUCAGUAUUCCCAGCAGAAGGGUUGAUCCCCCCAUACGGGCUGACAACAGACACCUACAUUGACCUGGCAGCUGAUGAGGAGGGCCUUUGGGCUGUCUAUGCCACCCUAGAGGAUGACAGGCACUUAUGUCUGGCCAAGUUAGACCCACAGACACUGGACACAGAGCAGCAGUGGGACACCCCAUGUCCCAGAGAAAAUGCAGAGGCUGCCUUUGUCAUCUGUGGAACCCUGUACGUUGUCUAUAACACCCGCCCUGCCAGUCGGGCCCGCAUCCAGUGCUCCUUUGAUGCCAGUGGCACCCUGACCCCUGAACGGGCAGCGCUCCCUUAUUUCCCCCGCCGAUAUGGUGCCCAUGCCAGCCUCCGCUAUAAUCCCCGAGAGCGUCAGCUCUAUGCCUGGGAUGAUGGCUACCAGAUUGUCUACAAGCUGGAGAUGAGGAAGAAAGAGGAGGAAGUCUGAGGCGCUAGCUUUGUUUUUUGAAUCUCUCUUACUGUUGUACGUUUAUUGUUGUUGUUGGGUGCUGUCAAGUCCCACCAAAUUUCCAGCUCUUCAUUCUCCAAUGUGAGCAAGUUAUGGUUCAGAUCUCCUAUUUCUGACAAACAGAAGCCGAAUUCUCACAGCCCUUUGGUUCCAUAUGGAACUCCAAAUCUUGAGCAAUUCUCUUAGAGCUAAAGAGUGAAAAUCGUAAGUGGUCAAUUCUGCUCUCCUGCCCCCUGGCAACAAGUUUCAGACCAGUCAAAGACGACUCUAUGAGGGCAACCCCAGGGAGCAGAGAACAGAGUAUUUCUUGCCUUCAUUGUGAGUAGGGGAUGAGGGGAAUAGAAGACAACUUAGAACUUCGCCCUCUCUCCCUGUCUCUUCAGUGCCCUGAAGAAUGGGACUUCCUCGCAUGGUUUUGUAUUGCAGCAUUUUGUAUUAAAAAGAAAAUCCACUGCUCCUCUCCUGUGCUUGUUUGCGGUAGCCCUCAGAUCGAACUUUUCCCCAUGACCCUCCAUUUUCCUCCUCUCAUCCCACUCCCACUCCUUCAGCCACAUUGAAGACUUGGCUGGGCUCUGUUUGCUGAGAGAGGAGGGCCUUCUCCAGUUACAGAUUGUACUGUGAGGCGCCUGGGAAAGCCGUAGAAUCCCGCCACUUUAGGAGGCUGGGCAAAGGCCUCCCUCCACACCCACCACCGUCCACAACAGCCUUCCCAGAACCACCAAUGGCACCGUGCCUCUGGCCAUGAGAGACUGGGGCCCGGGGGCAGAGCUUCCAAUUCCAAUUCUCAGAGGUUUUUGAACCAGAAAAUGCAUUUUAAUUGCUUUGUAGGCUAGUGUGGAAACCAGAGCCCUGAGUGCAUAUAUUUUUAGUGAGAACUUUAAGUCUCAUCUCUGUAGUGAACUGUGCCCCACCACAGACCCCCAGUCCCAUCUCUGGCUCUGGUCUCUUCCGCAGACCGGGUUGCACAAUUGUUCUUGGUCAGAGCCUCUCUGAUUUUCCUGCUGCCACAGCGUCUGCGGUUUGGGUGGGGAGGAGGGACAGCGACCAUGUCCCAGAUGUUGGUCUUACCAGUUCCCCAGCUUUCCCUUUCUCCACCCUCAGCAUGCCCACCCUAGUCCCAGAACCUGGCUGAAGUCUGUCCAGGAGUCCUGGAAACUUAACCCUUUCUGGCCCAGUAUCCUGGCCUCUGGCUCUGGGUUGCAGAAGGCAGUCUGAGGAAGGGAGAAGAGUGGGGAAAGCCUUGGGUCUUGGACUCCUGUCUCUAGGAAUCUGCUUAUCUCUGUACCUGGCCCCCCAUUACACCCCAGCUUAUCCCGCUGUUCAGCAUUCACAGGAGCAAGGCUGCUGAUGGACAAGACUCUACUUUUAAGGGGAAGUUUACCUCAGGCAGCCCUGGGAGCCCUCCUAGUUAUUUAUCCUAAUUGGGAGAGGUGAGAAAUAGGCACAUAAUCUUCUCCCCAAAGUAUGGCCCUCCUCCCCGCCCCAGGGUAGGGUGGAUCAGUCAGGGCCCUGUGAUCCUCCUUUUGUCUUCUUUUCUUCUCCCCUCAGGCAGAGCUGCUCCUGAUGUAGGCUGGUGAGGAAGGGGAAAAGAAAGACAGCAAAGCACCUCACAAAGGCGCUAUUGUGGGGAGCCUGAGGAGGGUGGGGGCUCUCUCCCAUUCAGUUCUCUUCUAAUGUGGGGCUGGCAACAGUAAUCACUGCCUGUCAGCCCACAGAGGGGUCUGCCCACGGAACAUCUGGCUCCAGCUAAGGGCGCGCAAGGAGGAGGGUGGAGGAGGAAGGGAAUUCUCAGUAGAGGCCUGGAGAGGGGUCCAGAUGGCAAGGAGGGGUGGCCGCAUGGUGCUGUGACUGUGUGUGUGGUUGUGUGUGUGCAAGUGCACACAUGGAUGCCUGUCUCCUUUCUAGUGUGACUGUGUGUGUCUGUGUCCGAUAGAAAGUUACUAGAGGGUAGAGCUGUGUCUGGAAUUAUCCUGACGGCACCAAACAUUGGGAAUGGCUUUUUGAUGACCUGAGGAGAGAAUAGCUCUGAGACCGUGUGCGUAGAUGACAUCAGUGUGAGCAGCGAGUAUAAAGUACAUCUUUAAAGUCUCAUCAGUUCCGUGAAAACCGGGUCCUUCCACCUCAUACGUAUGUGUGCUUGUCUUUGUGGUGUCUUUCUUUGCGUGAUUCUUCAAUGCGAAACGAAGAACCAGUCUUUCUUUUAGGCUUAACAUUUCUCUGGAAAAGUUCACUCAGACUUUCCUGAAAGGGCAGAAAUCUCUGGGGCCUUGUCAGUUAUUACUUUUAGCUUUUUUUUCUCUUUGGCUUCUGUACAAUAAAAAAACUAGUGCUAUUUCGGAAGCGUUUUAGAAGGUGAGUGGAACUGUGUGGGCAGAUCCAGUGAACUGUCCAAAUUCAUUAAACUAAAUUAUCUGCUGCUCCAGGAGACAGAGCCUUGGUAGUUGAAUCCUAUCAUCAAAAACCAGUCUCACCACCCCUUCUUGGACCCUCCACUACUCAUCGCUUGACAGAAACAGGUUAUGACCUCUGGUUUGGGUUAAACAAAAGACAGCGGAAGGCAAAGGCCCUAAUUGUGGGCGGGGGGAUUAAGAGCCCAGAGGAAGUUCCACAUCUGCCCUCAACACCUGGCCCUAAAAUAAUAAACAGCCAGGGACAGGGGUGCUGGAAUAACAUCAGGAACCGGGAAGGACUGCUGCUGUGGAGACAGCUGUUCGCCAGAUCAUCUGGCCCUGUUGUUGCUUCUCCAUCACAAGGCAGGGUAGAGAGGGCGUCCCUUACCCUCACUGUUGUGCCUAAAGUUUCCUGCCCUAACUUCCAAGUUCUCUUUGUUCUCAGUAUCUUGCCCCACCUGAUUGUGGUCUUAGUGUCUGCCUUCCCGAGACACCAGCGUUCUCUUGUUCAUUUUAAUCAAAGAAUGGAAGGCAGUGUUGUCAGAGCCCUGGAUAGUGGGGAGAGGGUGGACAGAGAUGUGAAGAACGAAGUUUUAGUUCAGCUGUCAACGCUUCCUCUGGGAUGGGUCUUUUCCCUCCUCCUCCUCCACGUUCAGAUUUUCUGGAUCCCUUCUCAAUCCCUCUUCUUACACAGGUGCCCCUCCUCGAAGCCCCCUUCCACUGCUCCCCAUUUUUCUUAACUGGUUUCGGUCAAAGCAAAGCUUGCUCAUUUUGAGGGCUGCUGAACUGCCCUGGUAUUUCUCAAAGUCUUCAGGUCUCUUUAGGGUCUGCUGUCUGCCUCUCUGUGGCUGCAUUUGCAGCAUGGUCUCUAGUACAAGAACCAAAAACCAAACCUGUCGCUAUCGAGUCAUUGCCUACUCAUGGCAACACCAUGUGUUAGAGUAAAACUAUGCUCCAUAGGGUUUUCAAGGCUGUGUCGUUUUGAAAGCAGAUUGUAAGGUCUUUUUCUGUAGUGCCACAGGGUAGGUUCAAACUGCCAACCUUUAGGUUAGUAGGUGAGCACAAACAGUUUGCACCACCCAGGGACCUUUCUGGCACAGGAGGGCUUUUCUAAUUCCUUCAGCUGAGGGUAGGGGCUGACCUAGUGGCUUUAACUCCUGUCAGCAGCUUCAGCCUCUGCUGGCUCCUCUGCCCUGCAGCCUGGAAGCUGGGUGCCUCCUGCUUUGCUACCCAGGCCAUCAAGGCUGGUAAACUCUCCUCUGUCUGCUUUUUAACUUCUGCUAUCACAAUGCAGAGUUUUCAAGAUCAAAUCUUUAUUUAUGGAUUUAAUAACUCCACAGAAGAAUUAUAAACAUGGAAGCCAAUGUUAUUAGUUUUAAGGGCAGAGUGAGGAAGUAAAAACGAAGAACUCUUAGCAUCCUCUCUCCAUAACUUGGGUUCUGACAGUACCCAGAGUUGGACACCUCUCUAGAACACACUGGCAUGACCUAGGUUGCCAGCCUCUGGGGGUCUGCUCAGCUCAAACUUCACCUUCUCUGAGAAUGGACACUUUUACUCCCUGGUCAUAGCUGUGUGGCUCACCGUGAACAAUUCCAGUUCUCUCUCCUGGGGACAGAAUUGCAGAACAGAGAGGUUAGAUCUGAGAAAAUGUGUGGGCCAUCUUUUGACCUACUGCAGAGAGGCAGUGUGAGCCAGGCUGCAGAGGGAAAAUGAUGGGGCAGACUCCUGGAGAUAAGUAGAGGCAGAAGUGAGAGAGCAGCUCAUUUUGACAGGUGUUCACCUUCUGGUACCAGCCACCCCUGCUGAGGUCACAUUCCCAUAUUUUCCACAAAUAACAUGCCCACUUAAAUAACUUGCAUAGUGUGCAUAGGAAAAUGUUGCAUGGUUGGCAAAAAAUAUAACACACAUUCUACAGGAUUUCUGAAUCCUCAAAUACCCCAUUUUUGUUGUUGUUUUGCUUUUUGCUUAUGUUAGUAUAGUGCGUUUCUGUCUCCUGUAACCCAUAGAACCUAAGAUCCAUCUGACAUCAGCAAUGAUAUCCCUCGUUCCAUGUCCUCUUCUGGUUCUGGCUUGAAUUUCUGGCAGUUCCCUGUUGAUGUACUGCUGCAACCAUUUUUGGAUUAUCUUCAGCAAAAUUUUACUUGUUCGUGAUAUUCAUGAAAUUGUUCGAUAAUUUCUACGUUCUGUUGGAACCUUUCUUUGGAAUGGGCACAUAAAUGGAUCUCUUCCAGUUGGUUGGCCAGGUAGCUGUCUUACAAAUUUCUUGGCGUAGAUGAGUGACCGAUUCCAGUGCUGCAUCCAUUUGUUGAAACAUCUCAAUUGGUAUUCCGCCAAUUCCUGGAGCCUUGUUUUUUGCCAGUGCCUUCAGUGCCACUUGGACUUCUUCCUUCAACACCAUCAAUUCUUGUUCAUAUGGUACCUCCUGAAAUGGUUGAACAUCGACCAGUUCUUCGGUGCAGUGACUGUGUAUUCCUUCCAUCUUCUUUUGAUGCUUCCUGUGUCAUUCAUUCUUCCCAUAGAAUCUUUCGGUAUUUUAACUUGAGGCUUGAAUUUUUUCUUCAGUUCUUUAAGCUUCAGAAAUGCCAAGCAUGUUCUUCCCUUUUGGUUCUCUACCUCCAGCUCUUUGCACAUGUCAUUAUUAUACUUUUCUUUGUCCUCUCGAGUCACCCUUUGAAAUUUUCUGUUCAGCUUUUUUACUUUAUCAUUUCUUCCAUUCACUUUGUUCUUCAUUCAAGAACAAAUUUCAGAGUCUCUUCUGACAUCCAUUUUGGUCUUUUCUUUUCUGUCUUUUUAAUGACUUUUUGCUUUCUUCAUGUAUGAUGGAUGUCCUUGAUGUCAUCCCACAACUCCUCAGGUCUUCUAUCAUUAAUGUUCAAUGUGUCAAAUCUAUUUCUUGAGGUGGUCUCUAAAUUCAGGUGGCAUAUACUCAAGGUCAUGUUUUGGCUCUGGUAUACUUGUUCUGAUUUUCUUCAGCUUUGACUUGAACUUGCGUAUGAGCAAUUGAUGGUCUGUUCCUCAUCCAGCCCCCGACCUUGCUCUGACUGAUGAUACUGAACUUUUCCAUUGUCUCUUUCCACAGAUGUAGUCAACUUUAUUCCUGAAUACGAUCCAUUCCCCUUCAAUUUGUCAUUCCCAGCAUAGUAGACUAUAUGACUGAUUCAAAAUGGCCAAUACCAGUCCAUUUCAGCUCACUAAUGCCUAUGAUAUCAAUUUUUAUGUGUUCCAUUUCAUUUCAUUUUUGACAACUUCCAAUUUUCCUAGAUUCCACGUUCCAAUUAUUCGUGGAUGCUUGCAGCUGUUUCUUAUUUUGAGUUGUGCCACAUUAAUAAAUGAAGGUCCCUAAAGCUUGGCUCCAUUCACGUCAUUAAGGUCAACUUUGCUUUGAGGAGGCAGCUCUUCCCCAGCUGUACUUUGAGUGCCUUUGAACAUGAGAGGCUCAUCUUCCAGCACUAUGUCAGCGUUCUGCUGUUAUUCAUAAGAUUUUCAUUGACCAAUUUUUCAGAAGUAGACCAGGUCCUUCUUCCUAGUCUGUCUUAGUCUGGAAGGUCUGCUGAAACCUGUCCACCAUGGGCGACUGUGCUGGUAUUUGAAAUACUGGUGGCAUAGCUUCUAGCAUCACAGCAACAUGCACGCCACCAUAGUACGAUAAACUGACAGAUCCAUGGUGGCUAACAGAUGCGUGGUAUAUAUAAUAGGUGCUCAAUAAAUGUUCAUUCCCAGGCCCAUGAUUCUUGUUGUCUUGAUAUGUGACAGUAUGUCAGUGGCCAUCUCUAUCUGACACUAAAAAGUCUGUCUUGAACCAGAGGCUAUUCAGCUGCCUUCCCUUUCCAUCUGGCACAUCAUUCUGUAGGAGGACAUUGCAGGUUUUCCACCGUGUUGUUGCCAUCAAGUCAACUCCAAAUCCUGACUACCGCCAUGUGUACAGACUAGAAUUGCUCCACAGGGUUUUCAAGACUGUGACUUUUGUCUUCCAAGGUGUCUCUGGGUGAGUUUGAACCAAGAGCUCAACCUUUUGCAUCACCUGAAAAAAACAAACUCCUUUUCUCACCACAGAUCUCUGCAGUACCAGUAACAAUGCGGUUGACAGGUAGCCUGCACCAGCCUUCAAGGAAGAAAGCAAGGAGUGCUGAAGCAUCUCCCCUUUCUCUGUCCCUAGACCAACCUUGCCAGCAGUGGUGUGGGAGUUUUUGACAUUGUGCUUCCAAGCUGCCCUUUUCCUUCCACCAUGUUUUGUCUCAAAGAUAUUUAAGUUGUUCAGCAUGUACACUAGUAGCUGUCACUAUUGAUUUUUCAGACUUAUCUGCUGUCGAUUUUGACAGGUCCUUCAAUGCUGUUUUGGUUGCAUUUGGUCUUCUAGAUAUUUAUUACUGUCCUAUUUCACGUGAUUUUUGUUCUGUAGCUGCUGAAUUUUAUGUUCCACACCUGUAAAUCCAUGCAGUUGUCAAGUGCAUCAGCUGUUCUCCAUCUAUUCUGCUGACCCUUUUGGAAUAAGGAAGAUGGUAUAGAAAAAGCAUAGGGAGGGGAGUAAGAUGACCUUUAUAUUUCUGUGUGAUUGGUCCAUGUGGCUGAGUGUCCUGGCUCUGCUACUCACCAACCGUGUGACCUUGAGCAAGAUGCUAACCCCUCUGAGCCUCAGUUUGUUCGUUUGCAGAAGAGAAUUAUUUUGCCUGGAUUACUAUCUCACAGGAUUGGCAAACUCAAGCCUUAAUGCCUGUUAUAGUUGAAUUGGGCCCCCCCAAAAUAUGUGUUGUAAAUCCUAACCCUGAUACCUGUGGUUCUAAUCCCAUCUGGGAAUGGGUUUUAUUUGUUGUAUUAAUGAAGCAAUAUUAGUUAGUAUAGGGUAUGUUUUAAGUCAGUCUCUUUUGAGACAUAAAAGAGCAGACUAAGCAAGCAGCAAAAAAAAAAACACUGAUGGGGGAAGAUAGAAGAUAGGCCAUAUGAGAUCUCUAAGGAUCCAAGAAACAGAAGCUGAAAAGAGACAAAGACCUUCCCCCUAGAGCCAACACAGAGACAAAGCCUUCCUCUAGACCCAGCACCCUGAAUUUGGACUUCUAGCCUCCUGAACUGUGAGAAAAUAAAUUUCUGUUUGUUAAAGCCACCCACUUGUGGUAUUUCUGUUAUAGCAGCAGUAGGUAACUAAGACAAUGCCUAAAGCUUUUAGAACUUCCAGGUAGGAACCUUAGGAGUGGUCUAGUUUGGCUCUCUCAUUUUACCAUUUGAAGAAACUGAAGUCCAGAGAGGCUUUUGAAGGCAGGGAUCAUGCCUUAUCCAUUUUCCUAUCCCCAGGAUCCAGACAGAGUCAGGCACACACUGGGUGUCCAAUAAAUACUUUGUAACUGAGUUGAGUGACCAGGUCCCAGUGACAUGUCUCUUAACCUCUCUUGAUGACUCAGAGUUUUUGUCAACAUCAAUUACUAUACAGUGUUGCUAUGCCAUGAUGCCUUCAGAACCAAUUAUGCUUUGUAGCUUGAGGCUAUUAUGCCUUUCUACUUGGUGUUUCUUCUUUCUCCUCCCUUACUGUCACCUGUCAGUUCUCCCCACAGCUAUCGGAUCCACUCUGAGGAAUCCUCAUCACUGCUUUUAAUCGGCCGCCCACUCCAGACUGGGGCAGAACAAGAGCGAAUGGGCUUUCAAGGACUUAGAGCUGGCACCCAUACCUGGCGCCUUUAUUAGCGUCGCAAGGAGUGACAGAAUAUUUCACAGAGUAGAAGCAUAGCCUAUUUUAAGCUGGAAGAGACCUUGAAAGUCAUCCGACCUAGCCCCCCGCAAGUCAUGGAAGUAUUUUCUGAUUCACGGUUCCCCUACCUAGUGCUUUACACAUGGUAUUUUCAGUUUGCGCAGUGGCAUGCAAAGCAGCUGCUUGUUUUGUGCUGGCCAUGGCAAGGAAGCAAUGACUUCUAGCCCCUGGAAUCUCUACCCAAUGACCUGGAUUCUAAAGCAUUCCCCCCCCGCCCCCCGCCAGCAGAGGGGAGGUAAAUACAUAUAGAUGUGAAUUUCACCUCUGAUUUCCUGAUUAAAAAAAAUGACCUAGCAAAUCCCUCCUCAUCCCCUCUCUGUCCUUUCCAGCCUUCUAAGUCCCGAUGGAGGUGAAGUAUUUUUACUGUCAUGUAUUGCUUAGAUAUCUAGAGAAGCUUUAAAAAUGUAAACUGGAAACACUUAAGGAUAAUUAAGCAGGUAAGGGGAGACAUAGGGGAAAUGUUAAUUGUACCACUGAAUUUUAAAUUGAGAUAGGAGUACUCUCAUUUAAGCCAAACUUCAGUAUCCAUUUGAAAGCGUAUAAAAUGCAGACAAAUUAUCAGCCAUAAAUGGUGAUUUAUGUUCUGUGGCUUUUAAUGAGGGCAACAAAACACUCUUAUUGGUUCAUAGUCUGGAAAGGAUCAGAUUGGUCUACGCUCUUGCUGAGGGCAGCGUAGUGGAAGGGCAUGGAACAGACAUCUAAGAUUCAAGUUUUCUGCCUGUGUGAUUUCAGUUUCCUCAUCUGCAAGAUAAAAAGUGUUAAUAUUUCCCUCCCAGGUGUGUGUGAUGAGUAGAUGAGAUAAUGUAUGUGAAAAAUGUUUUGUAAAUGAUAAAGCUUCACGAUGCCGGCUGCUAUUGUUCCUUAUUUAGUACUUAACAUAGAGUGCUCGAGGAAACCCUGGUGGAGUAGUGGGUAAGUCCUAUGGCUCUUAACCAAAAGGUUGGCAGUUCAAAUCCACCAGGCGCUCCUUGGAAACUCUAUGGGGCAGUUCUACUCUGUCCUAUAGGGUCGCUAUGAGUCGGAAUUGACUUGACAGCAGCGGGUUUGUAAAAUGCCGACAGUUAAAUCUACCAGGCACUCCUUGGAAACUCUGUGGGCAGUCCCACUCUGUCCUAUAGGGUCACUAUGAGUCGGAAUCAACUUGAUGGCAAUGGCUUUGGUUUUCUUUUUGGUAUUAUUACAAAAGAAACCCUGGUGGGGUAGUGAUUAAGAGCUACAGCUGCUAACCAAAAGGUCAGCAGUUCGAAUCCACCAGGCGCUCCUUGGAAACCCUAUGGGGCAGCUCUACUCUGUCCUGUAGGGUCGAUAUAAGCCAGAAUUUACUUGAUGGCAACAAGUUAUGUGCCUGCUCACAAUAGUGAAUAACACAGACAUGGACUUGUCUUCACAGCUUUUGAACUUGUGGGAUUAACCAGUACCAGUUGCCAUCAAGUUGAUUCCGACCGAUUUGACUCCACAUGUGUCAGGGUAGAACUACGCUCCAUAGGGUUUUCAAUGGCUGAUUUUUCAGAAGUAGAUCUCCAGGCCUUUAUUCUGAAGUGCCUCUGGGUAGACUCAAACCUCCAACCUUAGUUAGCAGCUGAGCAUAUUAGCCAUUUGCACCACCCUGGGACUUCUGGGGAUAAUGAGAUGAAUAAAUAGGCAACUACAUUACAGGGCAAUAGGGGCUAUUAUUGUGUCUGUGGAAGCCCUGGGAGGACCUUCUACCCCAGCCUUGCUGGGGGUGGAGGGGUGGACCCACUUCUGGAGGCUCCUCAUUCUUUAGCCAGAAGAAUGUCUGCAUGGUCUCCUUUCCACACCCUGUCAUGGUCACUGCCAUCCCUGUCAUGAUCACUCAGCUGGGCUGUGGCAGGAA